AUGAUGAGUAGAACGCGAGCGGUUACGACAUAUUCUGGCAAAAGGGGUGGAGUCGACGAGCUGCGACUUCAGUUCGUCCAAUCAAAUCGCCCACCACGUCCGUUAGCGUUUAUCCGAAGUCCAACGCCACGAGGACGGAUCGCUUGUGCUCGAAACGCUACCAGUGGAAAUGACCCACCAGCGGGUGGACCGGGCACCUCUGUCGUCCAUGGCACCUACUUCAUGAAAGUGGUCGUUGGCUACUAG